GCACUGGUUCAACUUAAAAAAGAAACCCUAAUCCAGCGAAGGAUCCCCUCCCCAACCCACUCCCUCGCUCUCUGAGACAGAUCUGAAACGGGCCAAACGCAGAGGAGCUCUCAACGCGGCGCCUCAACCCUCUCACUCUCACAGAGUCGCUGUCGCCGACACCGCACGGUCGCCUUUCGUCGCCGGUUCCUCUGCGUUCGCCAGCUCCUGCGCCUUCACUGCUGACGCGUCGUCUGUACCUCCAUCCACGUCGCGUCGUCCCUGCGUCUUCACUGCGUCCGCCAGCUCCUGCACCUUCACUGCGUCUCGUUGCAAGUGUGCGUCUCUCGUCGUCGUCGUCGCGUCCUCAUCGGGCUGGGCCUGCCGGCGCUGCUGCCUCCCCUUGCCAGUCUCUGCUUCGCCUUGCUUGGUCUCCCUCUUCUCUGCCCGCGUUGUGCCUUCACAUCAUCAGGGUUUAAACUAGGAGUAUUUGGCACUUCUCAGGUUCUAAUCUUUUCGUCUAAAGACCUUAGAGUUACAGAAAUAAUAUGGAUCAGCAAAACCAAAAUAGCACUCCAGAUGGUUCUGGUGAUGUGCCUUUGAAGCGCAAACGUGGUCGUCCAAGGAAGUACCCACGACCAGAUUCAGAAGACGGUUCCUAUAUUUCACAUAGUUACAGGCAAAAGCUGAAUUCUGUCAGCGGUGAGCCAGCGGUAGUACAUCCUGGAUAUCAAGGGGCUAAUGGAAAUCAACACUUUCAAAGGAAUCAAGAAAAUGAUGCCAUGAUUGGCCAGGCAGUUUCCGGUGUAAUUGAGGCAGUAUUUGAUUCUGGAUAUCUGCUCAGUGUAAGAGUUGGUGAUUCUGAUACUACUUUGAGGGGAUUAGUCUUCAAGCCUGGACGAUACGUUCCUAUCUCUUCUGAAAAUGAUGUUGCUCCAGGUGUUCCAAUGAUCCGAAGAGAUGAGGUUCCCAUUCCUUCUGGAACUGCUCAGUUUCAGAAUCCUCUCCCAAAGGAAAGGAAUGAACAGCAUGCAAACAUUAAUAGAAAUGAAAUUCAUGCAAUGAAUGGGUCACCGUCACUCCCUCUUGUACCUAGACCGGCAACUGGUUCUAGUAAUUCGGUUGUCACUUUAGGAAAGAAUGUACCUACUGUGGCAGGUCAAACUACUACUCAAAUAUCCGGACGUAAUAUAAUCCCUGCUUUGCUCCAACCUGCCGAUUUUUCAAAUGGGUUGCCAGUUUCAACUCCACCGUCUCAAGUUAUGGCCCAAGUUUCUGUAGGAAGUGGAGCAAGUGUUAGCAAAGAAAUUUCAGCACCUGAUGGAAAUCAAGCACUUACCUCUCAAACUAGCCAGAACAUCUUGUCGAGCAGCAUGCAGUGCGAAGCCGUUCCACACCAUCAGUCUUCUAAUCUGCCAAAUGAAGAACUGAAAUCAAUGAGUGUGCCUAACGCACCCUUUGAGCAGUUGGUCACUGAGGUUGUCAAGAGGAUCGAAGCUCCAUCAGAUGCCAUGGAUAUUGACACUGACAACAGUAAGUCAGAUGACAAGACGCAACUGAAGGAACCAAGCUGUAGACAAGAAGAAAAAGUCAAUGACAUGAAUCAACCCGUUUUAAUUAAGCCUCUAGAAGAUGUACAAUCUCAUCCUCAGAAAAAUUCUGCAUCUGCUCCCCAACCUUCUGACUUUACCAAGACUGGCAAAAUGACCGAGUUAUUGCAGAUGUUGCAGGAGAACAAACCGGAGAAUCAGGCAUCCAAGCAGCGGAGCUAUACCAAUUGGAUGAUGUAAGUAAUUUGGGAACCGGACUUGGAGAUGGAACAACUGUUCAAUCAACAAAACCUUUAAUUUAAUCAGUUAUUUGUAGCUAAUGUGCCAGCCGGGUUAUCUAUCAUAAAUUAGGCAAAAUUUUCUGGCAUAUUUGAAAUAUAUAGGUCUAGGUAUCUCAAGGGUCUUGAAUAAUUUUAAACUUGCAUAUCUAUGCCCUGUUACAUUGCCAUUAAUUAUUUUAAAUUAUAGACGCAACCUUCAAGUCGGGAUGCUAAUUACUUUAUUCACAGAGAAAUUAUGUUCAUACACAAGUGUCUCUCUACCCAUGCAGUAGGACUUUGCUUUGUGGUUCCAAUGUGAUCGUUUAAUUUUCUACUAUAUAAUUAACAGGAAAACAUUUUUUAUUUUCUUGGGUAUAUAAGAACUACAAUUUAAUAUUUA